GAUCUUGGUCUGUGAAGCUUUCAUAGUUUCAUUCUUUUAUUAUUAUUUUUGGCCCAGAAACAAAAGACGCAUAUGUGAAAAUCAAAUACAGCAACCACAUCAGAAACACAAUACAAACACAGAACUACAAAACAGAAAAUGCUUGACCACAUAGAAGGUUGUGCAGGCAGCCCAUCCUUGUCAAGAGUGACAACCAGAUUCAAUGGGGGAACUCGAAUCCAAUUCAAAGGACAUUCCUACUUUCUGCUAUGAAUAACUACCCAAUCCAUGGCCUUGCAUGAGGAUAGUGUUGAAGUGUAAGUUCCCGUGGAGUUGAGAGUUGCGUAUAAGAUCCCAUAACGAAGAGAAGCAAGAUGCUAGAGU